AUGUCAUUCUCGUCGAAGUUUCUGCUCAUCGCCCUAGUAUGCUUGCUCUUGGCCGACCGCGCCUCAGCCUUUGGCGCAGGCGAAGUGGCUGGUAACAGCGAGUUCAAUGGCUACGUGUGGCGGCACGGCGACAUCGCAGAGGCCCUAAGGUAUCUCCCCGUCAGCUUCGUGACGCAUUACCGCUUCUCGGCGCUUGAGAGGCGUCAGAUCUACUUUGGGAACUGGCUGCGCGACUUUUCGCAGAUCAUCGACACUACGGGGCUGGACACGGUGCCGGAGCCCGUGCUCAGGGCUAUCGUCAGUAUCCUGGGCUUUAUGGAGUUUGGCUUCGCGACCGAUGAGUUUGACGUGACGCGUGAACGCCUCGGGUGCUACACCCACGUGGAGCAUAUAGACAACCCCAAGGGAUACCCCGACAAUGCCAAGGAUACCGACGAGAGGCUCCGGGGUCCGGUGGAUCCUCGCGAGUUGCAGUUUGACGCCAAGACGGGCAUGAAGAAUUACAUCGCCAACUCUGGCAAAGGCUGGGACACCUCUGCAGACUACGUCACGCGCCAACUGCGCGAGUGCAUCAAACUCGGCCGCGAGGGCACCCCCAAGGCGAAGAAAGAAGCUUUCAUCCACCUCGGCGCCGCGCUGCACACCCUCGAGGAUUUCUCCGCCCACAGCAACUUCACCGAGCUCUGCCUCCACGAACUCGGCGAGGAGGACGUCUUUGCGUUUGUCGGCGAGGCGUGUCGCGUCAGGACGCUGGGCUGGAGGUGGAGGAUGGUGCCGCCUAUUGUCACGGGUACCUUUGGCAUGCUGGAUAUCUUCCACAGCCUUCUCGGCGAGGCUGAUGACAUGGCUGUGCUGCAGUGCAAGGGCUCACUGGAGAACCUAGAAAAUGAGAUGAAUAUAGGCGAAAUCGCAUUCCAGCAUCUCUUCGACAUUGUCAAAGCCGCCAUCACAGCGAUAAGCAAACUCGCUUCCGACAGUACCAUCAAAGACCCCAUCAUGCAGCAGCUCGAGACUGUCGGUGUUCUGUUCCAAAAGGCCGAGGAGGAGAAGAAGAGCACCACGGCUGAGAGCACCCUCGACGCGAACCAGUUGUGGCAGACCAUCGAGCCUAUCUUCUAUCUUCACGACCGCAUCAAGAAAUGGAUCCAGGAGCGUACGGAGCAGCAUGAUGCUGAGCCGCUAUCUGAGGAGUCGAGUUCACAGUUGGGGAAGUACACGGAUCAACUUGUGUUUAAGUACUUGUCACUCAUGAUUGAAAGUUCAAUCAUGCAACUGCGCAAUGCUCUCAAGGCUGCGAAGGAGCGUGUUGACGCGGAAGCUGCAAAGUCUACAUCAGCAGAGGUGUACCUCGAUGGCGAUGGCUCAGACCCUAGCCACUCUGAUAUCUCCAAGGACCACUUCAGUAACGUUCUCAACCAACCAGCCGGUCUUGUCUCAACAGUCACUACCAACUGGACGACACAGCAGGUAGUCAAAUGCUGGGACGACAAGUUCCGCGACGAGGAAGACACCAUCCGCCAGAUCCUCACCAUCAUGCACCACCCGGCCUUCCCCCGCCACAAAACCCCCAUCCAGAAAUACAUGUUCGACGCGGUGGAAGAAUGGUGGCACCACAACAGCGACUCCGAAAAGAGCACCAUCCGCGGCAUGCUUACCAAAGAAAGCGUGCGUAGUCGACAGCACGAGAACCACACCCUUACGCUCAAAGACCUAGAGGGCAAGAGGAAGGGCGUCGCGUCAUUCCCCGGCUCUAGGCCCAAGCUCAAGCAGAAGCCGGCCAAGCCAUCACCUCUGACGUGGGCUGUUGACACGGCCAAGAGUGAUGCCAAGUGGGUGUUUGGGGCGGUCAAACGAAGUGUGAGAGACCCUGUUGCGGCUGUUGGGUUUGUGGUUGGGGGGCUGUAUAUGUUUUUUGCGCAGAUUCUCAUGGCCAUCUUCCGUGUGUUUGGAGGUGGCAAGGUGGCGAGGGAGUGA